AUGACAAUACUUACUUUAAAGGACGAAAAUAAUAAUCAGUUUAUCGACAGGAAAGGUUUCAUCAAUAUCAUCCGCUGUGUUAUGUAUCUUGAAGUCGAAGAUAAUACUGCGAUGCAUAUCUCAUAUCUGCAACUGCAAUCUGUUGUCGAGUACUUGAUUCUUUUGAAUAGCUCACCAGCCACCGUAUCUUUCCAGAAAUUGCUUGUACAAUCGCGGGUUAAAUGGGCAGCAGUUGCAUGA